AUGCGGACCUUCAUUCACAACAACUUCCACCCUCUCCUCAGCGCCUUGAGUACCCGCCCUCUCGCCUGGAAGUAUCGAUGGCGCCUCCUUCUCCUCUGGCCAACAAACAUCCUCGUCAACCUGAUCAUCAAAGCGCCCUAUUUCUUCCGUAAGAAGCCCUACGAGACGAUAGACAUCCCAACACGAUCCGGUCGCACUCGAGCCCUCCUUCAUCGUCCACCACCAUCCUCACCAGCCCCUUCGCCGGGUUCCUCCAGUCUCCGUCCCCUCCAUGUCUCCCUGCACCCUGGAGGCUUCAUUGGCGGCCUUCCGGAAUCGCAAGCCCGCCUUGACCAGCUCAUUUCAUCACGCACAGGCGCCAUCGUCGUCUCGCCGACCUACCGUUUCGCACCUGUACACCCCUACCCAGCCGCAAUUGACGACAUCGACGACAUAAUCGCCUGGCUCCACAUGCAUGCCGCCGACGCCUUUGGCGCAGACCCUAACCUCAUCACUACGGGCGGCACUUCCGCAGGCGGCAACCUCGGCCUCGCCGCGUGCCUCGGCACGUAUACCUGCUACGCACCCAUUGACUUGAGGAUUCCGCCAUGGCAGAAGAAGAUCUUGUGUCGCGAGAAGUAUCCGAAGAGAGAUCCAUUCUCCUUCCUGCAACAGUUGUAUAAUUGCUAUGCGGAUCUGAGUGGUGGGAGAAGUGGUGAGGCGAGGUGCAGUCCGAUGGUGAUGGAGGCGAAGGAUCUGCCGAGGGACGUGCUGAUGGUGCUGGCGGAGAUCGAUGUUGUGGUUGAUGAGUCGAGGAGGUUUGUUCAAAGAGUAAGCACAGAGCUUGAGGACGAGGGAGAGUCGCUGGUCAGCGACAGUAGAGCGCUCGUGAAAGGAGAGAGAAGGCUAGAAGUCAUGGAGGUGGAAGGAGCGUUUCACGGUUGGUUGGAGCUGCCGUCCUCAAUUCUUGAGGCGGAGAGGGUAAGAGUGUUCGAGAAGAUCGUGAGCUUCCUUGGGCAGGUGCAUCGGCGGUAUGGGUAUUUCGGUCAGUCAACCUGA